CUGAGUAAGUAGUUUCUUAUUUUACCUAAAUAUUUCAAAAAUUGAAAUCUUUCAUUAACACUUAAGAACAUAACAUAAUGUAAUACAGGGUUUGUCCGUAAAGUAAUGAGACUGGCCACCGCGCGGCGCUCCAGUCGCCAGCAGCGCGCCCCCUGGAGGCGGGAUUUGUGGUGGGGGUCUAAGCUAAGCAACGCACCGGGCGGCAGUCGUGUCUGAGCUCUGACGCAGUGAGAAUCACGCGUGGCGCAAAAGCUGUUUUUGAGUUCUUGUCACGGCAGAAAACGUCAAAAAUGGAGCGUUCGCUGGAGCAGCACUAUGCGAUUAAAUUUUGUUUUUACCUGGGCAAAACCGCUUCCGAGACGCUUGCCUUGGUUAAGGAGGCUUACAAAGACGACGCCCUGUCAAGGGCUCACGUUUUCCGGUGGUUCAGCGAGUUCAAGAACGGACGGGAGACCGUUGAAGACAUGGAGCGAUCUGGACGCCCUUCAACGAGUGGUUUUAAUCUUGAGCGAUUAAUCUUACACUCAAACGACGGUCGGAGUCCAGGAGAAUUUUUACUUUGGCCACAUUUUCGUCCAAACCACUCGUUGAAGGGCGUCCAGAUCGCUCCAUGUCUUCAACGGUCUCCCGUCCGUUCUUGAACUCACUGAACCACCGGAAAACCUGAGCCCUUGACAGGGCGUCGUCUUAGUAAGCCUCCUUAACCAAGGCAAGCGUCUCGGAAGCGGUUUUGCCCCGGUGAAAGCAAAAUUUAAUCGCCGUUCUGACGGCGGUUCGACUGUGUGAUCUGGCGCAUUAGCGCUUCGGACAAUAAUUACUGUUUCGCGGUGACGCGGGACGGUUCGCCGGAUUAAUUGAUAUGGUCGACGGCGGUGCGGUAAUAUCUUUCGGUACGGUGUGUUCUCGCGCGGUCCGGUUCGUUCGGAGCCGGCGC